UUCCUGUAGGUUUCCGUGUUUACAAGGAUCAGUGGCGGCUGCUCGGAGUCCAGUUAAGGCAAGAGGACGGCGCGCGGUCAUGGCCUUUUUAAAGACGCACGAGCGGACUAAAGAAAGGUUUUCCCUGCUGUUGCUGGAUUUGGAGGAGUAUUAUUUUGAACAGCACACUGCUUACCACGUGACAAGCAGCUCAAAGAAGGAGAGGAAAAUCCGAGGUUCAUUUAAAGUCUGUUCCAGAUCGAUCAUAUUUGAUCCAGAGGAUCUGACAGAGCCAAUUUUAAAGAUUCCUCUUCGAGACUGUAAGGAAAUUGAGUUUGUUGAGAAGGAGAACAACCCUUUCAAUGAGCCAAGGCCAUCGGCCAUCUCUAUUUCCUGUGGGCAGGUGAUUUCCAUCAAAGAGAGCAAUGUGAUCGCUCCGUACAGAAAUGACAGGGGAGCAAAGAAAAUGACCUUUCAGCUGGAAGUCUGGAGUAAAACAGAGGAUGUUGUUCAGACAUUACUUCAGCUUCACAGAGCGUCGUGUCUGGAGAAGCUCGGAGACCAGACUGCGAUGAUUGCAGCUAAUUUACAGUCACGCCUGGCCAGGUCAUCGUUUGACAAAAACUGCUUUCAGAACGUGGCUGAGAGGCCUCACAUGGAGUGUGCUGUGGAGAUGGUUCUGCCUCUGGUGUCCAAUCCAGGCCACGUCUGCAUCACAGAUGAAAACCUUUACUUCCAGCCGCUGAAUGGAUACCCGGAGCACGUGAUUCAGAUCAAACUCAACAGAGUAAGGAGAAUCUACAAAAGACGACACGGCCUCAGGCCACUGGGUCUGGAGGUGUUCUGCACUGAGAAUGAUUUCUGCUCUGACAUCUACCUGAAGUUUUACAACACAGCAGACAGAGACGAAAUCUACUACUACAUCGCCACUUUUCUGGAGAACCACAUGACAGAGCACACAGCAGAGAGCUACAUGCUGCAGUGGCAGCGUGGUCAUCUCAGUAACUAUCAGUAUCUUCUCCACCUCAACAACCUGGCUGACCGCAGCUGCAACGACCUCUCCCAGUAUCCCGUCUUCCCCUGGGUCAUCGCUGACUACACCAGCUCACAGUUAGAUCUGACAAAUGCUGCCACGUUCAGAGAUCUGAGCAAACCAGUGGGAGCCCUGAACAGAGAGCGCCUGGACAGACUGCUGGCUCGUUACAAAGGCAUGCCUGAACCUCGCUUCAUGUAUGGCAGCCACUACUCAUCUCCAGGUUACGUCCUCUUCUACCUGGUCAGAGUCGCUCCAGAGCACAUGCUGUGUCUCCAGAACGGCCGCUACGACCAUGCAGAUCGCAUGUUUAACAGCAUAGGUGAAACAUGGAAAAACUGCUUAGAGGGAGCAACUGACUUUAAAGAGCUGAUCCCAGAGUUUUAUGGGAAUGACUGCAGCUUCUUGGAAAACAAACUGAAUCUGGAUCUGGGCCGAAGGCAGAAUGGGAGCUUAGUCGGUGACGUUGUUCCCCCACCGUGGGCCUCAGAUGCCAGUGAUUUUCUUCAGAAGCACAGGACGGCACUGGAGAGUCAGUAUGUGUCAGAGCACCUUCAUGAGUGGAUUGACCUGGUGUUUGGCUUCAAGCAGAGAGGCAGUGAAGCAGUGGCAGCUCACAAUGUGUUUCACCCUCUGACCUAUGAAGGCGGCAUUGACUGUGACAGCAUCGAGGACCCUGACGAGAGGAUCGCCAUGCUGACGCAGAUCCUGGAGUUUGGCCAGACACCCACUCAGCUGUUCAGCAGCCCCCACCCUCAGAGGAUCACACCACGCUUUCAGAACAUCACUCGAAGCUCCAGCAACACCUCACCUGUCAGUGAGCUGUCUCCAGUCUCUCAGAGCGAGGACUCAUCCUUUGAGGACCUGACUGAGGAGAGCAGGAAGUUGGCCUGGGCAAACAUGGGCAACCUAACACUGGUCUCCAGCCACAAGGUCCAUAAAGAGGCUGUGACUGGCAUCACUGUGACCCGAGAUGGAGCAGCUAUUUUCUCCACAUCCCAAGAUUCAACUCUGAAGAUGUUCUCCAAAGAGCUGAAGGAGUUCCAGAGAAGCAUGUCCUUCUCCAACAUGGCCUUAUCCUCAUGUUUGAUGCUGGCAGACGGUAAAACUGUGGCGUGUUCGUCGUGGGACAACAACGUGUAUUUCUACUCCAUCCCGUACGGCAGGAGGCAGGACACGCUAAUGGGUCACGAUGAUGCCGUCAGCAAAAUGUGUUGGUUUGAUGAGCGACUCUACACGGCGUCGUGGGACUCCACCGUCAAAGUCUGGCAGUGUGCAUCUGAUGGCUCCUCCAGUCACAAAAGAUCCCAGUUUCAGCUGCUGGCUGAGUUGGAACAUGAUUCUGGGGUGAACACUAUUGGUCUGAAUCCAGCUGGGACUCUGCUGGUGUCAGGCUGUAAAGACGGGGCUGUCACCAUCUGGGAUACCAGCAGCUACAACACUCUGCAGCAAGUCCACUGCCACACUGCAACCAUCCACCACACGGCCUUCAGUCCAGACAGUCGACACGUUCUGAGCGUUGGUGCUGACUCCUGCAUGAAGGUGAUUGACGUCCAGACAGGAAUGGUGAUCUCAUCUGUGAAAGCUGAGGAGGAGCAGAGGUGUUUCUGCUGGGACGGGAACUCCGUCCUGUGUGGGGGUCAGUCCGGUGACCUCCUGCUGUGGGACCUGCUCAGCAACACAGUCACCAAGAGGAUCCCUGCACACUCAGGUGCUGUCACAGCCAUGUGGAUGAAUGAUCUGUGCAGCACGGUGAUCACAGGAGGAGAGGACAGACAGAUGAUCUUCUGGAAGCUGCAGAGUUAAACAACUUGUUUCUUCACAAUCUGCCAACGAGACAAAGACUUCCAGUCAAAAUACUGGACAACACAGGCCAAGUUCCUGCUAACUGCCUGACUCUGAAGAGAGACUCAAAGAGCUGUGAAGAGCUAGAAACGUACUGUAAAUGUACAGUAUCACAGAGCAGAGUCUGUCUCACCUGUUCGCAGUACAAAACCAAACUACAUACUGAGAGAAAAUGUCCAAGUGCAUGAGAGCAGGAAGUUAAACAGUGUACAUGCCUUAUUCCUCAGCCUUUCUAUGUGUAUGGAUUACUUUGCUCAUUUAUUAUUUGCUAUGUAUCAUGUUACAGGUUUUUUUAAAUUAGUGAUUGUGUUGCAUUUUAUUCUGUGAAGUGGACUCACCCUGUCAGAUCUUCAUGCUGCUCAGGUGUUACCAUUACAAAGUAACAUUUCCCUCUAAAAAUACUUGCUCCCAUCCUGUUUUUGUUAGUUUCACAAGCCUCAGAGAUUCCUACAGUGUUCUCUGUCUUAAAUAAGAGACAUAUUAAUCAUUUAUAUUUGCAGACUGGCUCAGUUUUACUGUGUGGAAACACUCAACCAUGAAAAACAGUAUUAAAUACUUCACCAAGUGAAUAAUUGCAAUCAAAGCAUUGAUCCAAAAACAGUUCACCAAGUGUUUUACAGAAAUGGAACAAAGAAUAAUGGGGGAAGCAUGCACUGAGUCAGGGAGAAGUGAAAUUUUAAUGUCAUAACCCAACACUCUUGAAACAUUCACCUGUUGUAGACAUGAAACAUGUCCGAGUCUGUAGUGUGUUUCUUCCUGGAGAACAGAGAAUAUGAACAGUUUGGAUUCAUCUCAGUAACAGUUUUCAUGUUUGAAAAGAAAAUCAAGUGUUUCUCUGAUGUUAUUUCACAUGUCUGUUUCAAACUCUGCUGCCUCUGAUGUUUGUCUGCAUCCAGCUCAGUUUAAUCUGGAGGCAGGACCAUCAUCAUCUUCAUUUCAUUUUCUUUUUUCAAAUAUCAAGCAGCAGGUGGCGCUCUGUGCCUGCUCAGUCAUUGCUCAUACUGAAUCAGAUGACAAAGUCUGAGGUAUAAAAGAGCUCAUCCUGUGGUAAUAAAUCUAAGGACACAUUUGUAGUAAACA